AUGAAGUUGCCGUUUAUAGUCGCCUUCUCCUCUCUUGUAGUUAGCACCUCUGCUAUCUGCUGUCUACUCGACCCUCAGCCCUCCGGUUGCCCAUUCACGUGUAACAUUAAGACUAAUUGCAAAUGUUGCUACGGUCCCGAAUUACGCACAUCUAAAAGCAAAUGCAAGAAUGACUACAAGGAUUGGUGGCCUAGUUUUGAUGAACCACCAGGAGUAACGGGAGCAUGUCAUGUGGAUUCAACUAAUGGUCAGGAGAAUGGCGUUCGGGCGUGUGUAUCUUAA